AUGGAGAUUCGUGUUGACGCAGCAGAAGGGUAUGCCGCCCCGAAAGACACCUUCCUUUCGAUGCGGAUCGGAGAAUUCCAAAAGCAAUCUCGAUUUGAUACCUCCAAGACGUACAAGUUUCCUAAGCUGGAGGAUCCCACUGGUCUCGCACGUAUCGAGGUGUUUCAGCGUGUUGGACACCUGACCGUCAGCUUGGGAAAGCUGCAGCAAGGCGAGCAGAGCGUGGAGGUUCCGGUCAACAUGCCAGGGAUGCCCAAUCUGCCCAUGAGGAUAGGGCUUCACGGCGGUGCAGAGGUGGAUAUGGAGCCCAAGCUCAAGAGCACCAAGGUGAAGACCAAGCUCGAUGCAGCACAGAAGUACUUGGCGGAGCAUCAGCUGGAGGAAGUCAUCACUGAUGUGGUGCGCGAGGUCAUCCAUGAGAAGCCCGCCGAGCCACUGCUGUUCCUAUCCUCCCAGAUCCUGAAGCAUGCGGCGACCCGGAAGCCUGCGCCGAUCGAAGCACAGAGGGAGCUGCCGCCCCUCCCACUUACCGAGAAGCUGCAGCGCACGGGUGGAGCUGGAACAGCUUCUCCUGAACCACUCAAAGGCCCUGCUCCUCAAACUGCUGGACCUGCACCAAUUUCCUUGACACCCUUCAGGCCCUACUACGCUGAACAUCUGCGGACCAUCGAUCCAGCUUCCAUGCAGAAUCUGUACUCCAACUUCCCGGUCGCGCCAAAGCCCGUGCCGGCGCCAAAAGCGCCAGAGGCUGGUGCUAAGCCGACGGAGACAGCAGAAGUUAUGAAGGCUGCCCCAGCUGCGGCUGCGCCUGCUGCACCUGUUCCAGUAACGAAGUUUGCAAAGUUGCCCUCUGUGGGAACUUGGCUGGCACCCAACCCGCGCAAGUUGUCUCAGAAGACGGCAGCAGCGACAGCAGCACCUGCACCCCCGGCGCCGCCUGCUCCCCCUGCGACUACCAAAUCUGACUUCCAGUCUUACUAUGCGGAGCAUGUGAAGACGAUCGAUGCAGGUUCGGACGCCAUGAAGAAUCUGUACUCCAACUUCCCGGUCGCGCCAAAGCCCGCUGGUGCUAAGCCGACAGAGACAGCAGAAGUUAUGAAGGCUGCCCCAGCUGCACCUGCGGCACCCGCUGCUUCUGCUGCGAAAGCAGCAUCCUUGACACCGUUCAGGUCUUACUAUCUGGAACACAUGCGGACCAUCGAUCCGGACUCAAUGCAGAAGCUCUACUCCAAGUUCCCGGUUGCGCCGAAGCCCGAGCCGGCGCCAAAAGCGCCAGAGAAGCCGGAGGCUAGUGCGAAGCCGACCGAGAGUGCGGAAGCGACCCCCUUCAGGUCUUAUUAUGCGGAGCAUAUGAAGACCAUCGAUCCGGACUCAAUGCAGACGCUCUACUCCCAGUUCCCGGUUGCGAAGAAGCAACCGACGGAGAGUGCGCAAGCGAUGAAGAGUGUGCCAGUCGUGGCUGAACCAGCUGCACCCGUCGCAGAGUUUAACAAGCGGCCGUCCGUCGGAACCUGGCUCGCGCCCAACCCCAACCAGCUGUCUCAGAUGGCUGCCGCAGCAGCAACCCCUGCGACACCAUCUGCUCCGAAGCAGUCUGCCAAUGCAGAGAAGUUGGAGGCUCCCGUGGCGGCCAGCACAGCUCCGGCAAACCAGGUGCCCUUCAAGCUGCUCCCAUCAGUCGGCACCUGGCUGAGUUUCAAGCCAUUCGCUGAGCCAGCGAAGCCAAGCAUCCUGGAGAGAAGCCACAGCAAACUCUUGGUCAUGAACCACGAGGAGCUGAUCACUGGCUAUGAGUGCGAGAUCCGGAAGCGGGACGAGGAGAUUGCCAAGUUGAAAAUGUCCUUGAAGGCGUAA